AUGGAAUCACUGUGGAUUCUACACCUGACGUUAGCCAUACGGAUCAACUCUAUUAGAUAUGUCUCAAAAACUGGAGAUAUAUAUGAAAGAUUUUUGAUGUUUGUUAAAAUAGAAAAACAUGAUGCCAAGUAUCUUUUUGACACUCUAAUUUCAGUUUUAGAAAAUCAGGGAAUAGACCCAAAAUUUUGCAGAUGUCAGUCUUAUGACAAUGCGGCUAAUAUGAGCGGAGUGUAUUCGGGAGUACAAACUAGAUUUAGGGAAAUCAACAGCGCAGCCACUUGGGUACCAUGUGGAGCUCAUAGUCUUAAUCUAGUUGGCACAGCGGCGGCAGAAAGCUGCUUAGAAGCUGUAAAAUGUUUUGAAAUUUUGCAAUCGCUCUACAAUUUCUUUGCAGCGUCCCCUCAAAGAUGGUCUAAACUAAGGUCUUUGGGAAGUAAAAUUUCUGUAAAAAGACUUUCAGAGACCAGAUGGUCAGCACGUUAUGAGGCUGUAAAAACAUUAUGUGCCCAUUAUGAUGAUAUACGUGGUAUUCUUACAAAUAUUUCAACUAGAGAAGGUAUGAAACCUACAACAGUGAUUGAGGCACAAACCUUAAUCCAUCAAAUGAAUACUUUGGAGAUGGUAUUACUCACAGUUAUUUGGGAAGAUCUACUAACACGUCGAUAUUGUAAAUAA